CAACUCGCUCCGCGCCACUUUCAUCGUCUUCUUCCCCUUCCUCUCGCCUGAUACAUUAAUCGCCAAUCCUCCAUUAGCACAAGAGAAAACCCCACGACAACCUUCCCCUGUUUUCUUAAUAUUAUUCCCUUUUUGGGCCUCUUUCCUUUUGAAUCUUGCUAUAACUCCGCCAUUUCCAGCUCUUACCAGGUCGCUUUGAAUCUUCCACUCCCUUUCCCCCUUUUAGACCGAGAAAACGAAACUAAGUGACAGAUAGAGAGAGAAACAGAGCGUUAAUGUCGAUUUGGGUUUUGUCGUUCGUUGCAAGUCCAGUGAGAGGGUUUAGGUGAAAGAUAAAAAGGAAAAGGAGGUAUUAGGAGUUUUCAUUAUUGACUGUGUUUUGUCAGUGUUAACAAGAAUGCCGACUUCUUCCCCUUUCAUACAAGUAUCCUUUCAUGGGUUCCAUUCCCUUUCCAUAGAAUUCCAUUGUUAACCCACCACCCAAAUUCCUUUUAUUUUCUCUCCUUUCUCCCGUUUCUCUGAAAUGUUAGGCCAGGAGGAAACUAAUAACCCACUCCCUCCUGCCGCCGCCCGGAAAAACUAUCUCCGGUCUGUUUCCUGGAGCGACAAUUCGCCGCGCAGGCCGAUCAACAACCCUAGACCUCGCCAGCCCUCCAAUCACAGCAAGGCGAGGUCAUGUCUCCCGCCGCUGCAGCCUUUAUCCAUAACCAGAGCUCCUGCUGAGGAAUGGCCUGGGGCCGGGUCCGACGAUUUGGGAAUCUGGCCUAACCCGCAAACUCCCAGAACCGCCGGCGGCGGCUUCCCAUUGACUCCUCAGCCGGCGUCUAACAACACCAAUCCUCACCAGCCUCACAGAGAAUUCCAGUUCAAGAGAGAAAAAUUGGCCUUCUUCGACAAAGAAUGCUCCAGAAUCGCCGAUCACAUUUACCUCGGAAGCGACGCUGUCGCCAAGAACCGGGAGGUUCUCCGGCAGAACGGAAUCACCCACGUUCUUAACUGUGUAGGAUUCGUCUGCCCUGAGUACUUCAAAAAUGACCUCGUUUAUAAAACCCUCUGGCUGAAGGAUUCCCCUUCCGAAGACAUCACCAGUAUUCUCUACGACGUGUUCGAUUACUUUGAAGAUGUGAGGGAGGAAAGUGGGAAAGUUUUGGUCCAUUGUUGCCAGGGUGUCUCGAGAUCCACCUCUCUGGUCAUAGCUUACCUCAUGUGGAGAGAAAGCCAGAGCUUUGAGGAUGCUUUUCAGUAUGUCAAAGCAGCUCGAGGUGUUACUAAUCCCAACAUGGGUUUCGCUUGCCAGCUUCUUCAGUGCCAGAAGCGUGUUCAUGCUGUUCCGGCUAGCCCUAAUUCGGUCCUUCGUAUGUAUCGAAUGGCUCCUCAUUCACCUUACGAUCCUCUCCACCUUGUCCCCAAGACGCUGAACAAUCCAGGUUUGAAAGGACUAGACUCUCGUGGAGCUUUCAUUGUCCAUGUUCCUAGUACCAUAUUUGUUUGGGUAGGGAAGAAAUGUAGCAGUGUGAUGUGGAAUCUUGCCAGGGUAGCUGCAAACCAGAUGAUUAGAUACGAAAGGGCGAAAGGUCCAUUUGUUUGUGUUCAUGAAGGGGAAGAAGGGAAUGGGUUUUGGGAUGCUCUUGGAACUACUGAUGAUGGUGCUGGCAGUUGCAGUAGUAGUGGUGGUGAUGAAAGGAAAGUUGAUGAGUAUGAUUCAGAAUUUGAGGUCUUCCAUAAGGCGAUUCAUGGGGGAGUGGUGCCACAUUGUUCGGUAUCAAAUGCUGAAGUCGAGACCCACCCUCCUGCAAGAGAGAAUGGGUGGGGAAGGCUUAGAACGAAGUUUGCUAGUGGUAUCAUAAAGGAGUUCCUCAGUCCAUCCAAAAUAGAUGAAGAUUCAGUAAUGCAUGAAGGUGAAGAAGAUGUGGAGGAAAAAGAGAUCCCAUGUAAGGACACAUUGUCUUCACCGUCUCCUUGUGCUUCAUCUGAUUCUUAUUUCUCUUGCUCUCCGGACGCAGCUCAGAAACUCGGCUACAAGUCUCCUGCUACAACAUCGCCUUCGGCAUCUGAUUAUUCGUCAAGUUCGUUUACCUUUUCGCCCUCAUCUUCCAACUGGUCUGACUUAUCAUCCCAGCAGCCUUCACCUUCUGGUUUAGAAGUUCUUAACUCGCCUACAAAGGUGUUUCCUGUUGAUCUUGAAAAGAGUCACGACUCGUACAAGGAAGCUACUUCACCAUCUAUAGCGGAGCGAGGAGGGAGUAACCCUCCGCCACUCAUAGUAAGUUGUGGGAAAAUUCUGCAGCAGCCCGAAUUGGAUGAUGAUGUGAUGAAGGAUGGUCAUGGGGAGAAUGAUGAAAUGGUUGAUGUUGAUAUGACCAAUGGCACGGAAUGUGACAUUGCUGAUAGAGAGGAAGAUGGCAGAGUUGAUAUUAACCCAGUUGUGAUCUAGCUUUGUCAUUGCCAUGGAUAAUGUUAAUCUUCAGGCUAUGGAGCUUCUUCUCAGCAUGUGCUCUGAGUCGGUUAGAAUGUUGAGAGUAAUUGCAAGAAAUGGGAGUCGAAGAAGUUUGGUGGCAACCCAGAAUGAGUUCAUAAUUGAUCCUUUUUUCCUGCUCGGGGGAUGUAAUGUAGAGAGCUUUUUUUUUCCUUGAAAGAAACUAUGUACAGAAAAGGGGAAAUACAAGUUUGUUGUUCAGGUCUUGGAAUCAUAGCAGGAGUAAUAAACACUUCCACCUAAUAAAAGUAAAUCAAGAGA